AUGCGCGCUCUCAGUGUCUUCUCUGUGCUGAUCAUGGUUCAGCCUAUACCUGGCAUUCCAUACAACAAACACGCCGCAAAGAGCAUUUUCGGUGAUAUUCCCGAUAUCAAGAGAGAAUCACCCGGUAACCUGCUCAGUUGGAUAGCAGCGCAGUCCCGUCGCCACAUCAGUCCUAUUUUUCAAGUCUGGCUGGGGCCUCUCACGAAACCCACUGUAGUUAUCGCAGACUUCCAAGAGGGUCAAAACAUUCUUCUACGCCGAAAAGAGCUUGACCGAUCCAGCUUCAUGAGCAAUGUCUUAUCCGGUGAGGCGAAGUCUUUCCACAUUACACUAAAGACCGGGCCGCAAUGGAAGGCUCAACGCCGUUUACUUCAGGACUUGAAGACGCCGGCAUUUCUUCACAGGGUGGCGGCUCCCAACAUCUAUAAGACUGCUCUAGAUGCCGUCUUGGACUUCGGCUUUGUCGACGCUGCUCCUAUGAGGGCUCUGAUACCUGAAGUUGAAUUAUUGGUAUCGAUGUCAGCUGCCAACGUAAUGGCCGAACAGAACUCCCAACACGACAGUGACCGUUGCAUCCAGGGUAGGAUGGAUAGACGCAACUUGGAAAUUCCAAUCCUGCAGGCAUCGGAAAGAUCCAAAACUCAAUUUCGGGCUGUUGACAAUGAGGAAAAGCACGUUAAGUCUACAAUUGACUUGAUGGUGCGAAGGCUGAACAGUGUCAUGGAGAAGGAAGGUCACCUUCUCCCUGACUGGAUCGAAACUAUGAGAGCUGAGUUCAUUGCGGAUGACCAGGCAGUUCAGCAAAGACUUUUUGACAGCAUUCGGACCUUCCACAUCGCAGCAAGUAGUGAGGGUCGUCUUCCUACACACUCUGAAAUUUGCGACGCGAACAUACCGUACCUCGACGCAGUCAUUGAGGAGAUGCCUCGGCUUGAUCAUACAGCGACCAGCCAAGAUCGAGAGUGCAAAGAAGAUACUGUUAUCUUAGGCCAUGUCAUCCCCAAGGGUACCACCGUCAUCGUCCCAUACAAGGGUCCAAGCUAUACUGAGCCGGGAUAUGAGAUUGAGGAACGCCUGCGGAGCCCAUCCUCGAGGAAGCAGCCACCGAUUUUGCCGGAUCGUUGGCUUGUACGGGAUGAGAAGGGUAAUGACGAAUACAAUGCUUCUGCUGGGCCAACCUUGCCCUUCGGCCUUAGACUUCGCGGUUGCUUCAAUCGAAAGCUGGCAUAUUUGGAAAUGAAGCUUUUGAUCACCCUCUUGAUCUGGUCAUUCGAGUUCCAAAAGUGCCCAGAGAAUUUGUCGAGUUAUGGGGGUAUUACAACCCUUACACGGAAGCCUGUGCAGUGCUACGAGCGCCUGAAGAUUCGCUGA